AGAGCGGUCUGGCGUUCGAUAUCGUCCUAGCGCUUCCAUGUUUAGGGUUUAAGGCUGUUGUGGCUAUGGAGCAGCAGGAUCUCCAGUGCUCGAUGCAAGCGGUGGAGCAAUCUUGCGCGGCUCUCCAUGUAUCUGAUCCAGGGAUCCGAUCAUCGGCGGAAGCGACACUGCUGGCUUUCAGAAAAUCUCCGCAUCCAUUCUACGCCUGCCAAUAUAUUCUCGAAAAUUCCCAGGUCGCCACAGCCAAAUUUCUAGCGGCUGCCACGAUCCAGGAGGCCGCAAUACGGGAAUGGACUUUGAUAUCUCCAGAAGAAAAAUCAAGACUGCGAAGCUAUUGCUUACAAUACGUUAUGGCUCGAGUGGAAACAUCCGAAGGGUACAUUCUAUCAAAAAUUUUGUCUGUGGUGGCAGCACUGCUUAAACGUGGUUGGCUGGAGUACACCCAGGCUGAGAAGGCUUCUUUUCUUGAAGAGGUUGAGCAGGCUGUCGCCGGAAGACACGGUCUUGCUGCCCAGCGGUUUGGCAUCUCAUUACUUGAAGCAUUGGUGUCCGAAUUCUCGCUCUCCACCGCAAGUCCGAUGGGCCUCCCUGCGGAGUUUCAUGAUAAAUGUCGUGCUUCUUUGGAGGCGGGCUAUUUACAAAAAUUCUAUGCAUGGGCAUUUGAUGCUUCAGUUAUGGUGGCAAGCAAAGCGCUUGAAGGACAAGGAGAGAAUCAAGAGUCAGCGAUCUGUACUAUAGCAAUCCGGCUGAUGACCCAGAUUUUGAACUGGGAAUUUCGUGGUAAACUCGCUGUUCUUGGUAAAAGUCGUGCAAGCACUCUGUCCUCGUCGCCCGCAAGCAGAAAAUCUUCUGAGCAAUUACAGCUCUGGCACGAUCUUCUAGUAUCACCCGCGAAAGUGACAUGGAUAUUGAAUUUCUACGAACACAUUCAUCAAAAGGGCAAUGCUUGGCUAGACUUGCCUCUUUCCGUGGUUGUCAGGCAACUUAUCGUUCUUAUGUGCUCUUUAAAUGGAAGCAUUUUUCCUACUGAUGGGGCUGGUACGCAGGAACAGCACUUGCAAAGAUUACUGAACUGCAUUAUUUCGUGGAUUGAUCCCCCAGAAUAUGUAAUUAGUGCUGUCCUAGCGGGAACAAGCGAAAGCGAGAUGUUGGAUGGAUGUCGUGCACUACUAGCGAUUGCGACACUAUGCUCGCCGUCCUCUUUCGAUCAACUGUUAUUAUCAUUCAGGCAAACCGGUACACUGAGCUUGCUUUCUUCUUUGACAUGUGGAAUUAUUAAGGCCAGUUGUGUCCGGGAAUCUGAAGAACCAAGCUGGACUUACGAGGCUUUAGAAGUGCUUCUGGAGACUUGGACUGUGAUUUUGCAACCUGCAGAUCUUAGCCAGAAAGUACCACUUCCGCCAAGUGGAAUAGAAGCCGCCUCUGCAGUGUUUCAAACAUUUGUGGAAUUCGAAAUGAAACUAUCAGAAUCAUCUGCUUUAGACGAAGAUGAUGCUGAUGAUAUGGCUGCUUUUUCCGAUGAAGCCCGGGAGGAUCGCCUGAGUGCCGUUGCACUUAUUGCUCGUACUGUUCCAUCUGUAUCUCUUUCAUUGUUGACCAUGCUAGUCUCGAAGUGUUUUUCGGAAAUUCGACAGUCCUUAGGAUCGGAGACCACAACACGGUGCUUGGAACAACUGCACUGGCUUACGAUCCUCUCGGGACAUGUUUUGGCGGACCCCGGAGAAGGAGAAACUCCAACGGUGCCUGAAUCCAUUUUGGCCGUUUCUGCGGAACCAGCGACCCAUCCUGCCGUAUCUCUUUCUUUUGCUCUCAUCGAUGUAGCCCAACAAUCUUUAGAUGCUACUUUUCGAACUACUUUAAGUCCGCGAAUGAUGGAGGCUAUUGUAUGGUUUUUUGGAAGAUGGGUGGAAACAUAUCUCAUGCCGGAUCACGCUGGCCGAGGACCUAGCUCUACACCAUCGGGUCAUGAAGGACAGGGAGUUUCUGUAGGUGUCUUGUUUGACGGAAGAAAUGCCCUGAAUGCUGCUUUUGGCAAAGAUGGCGGAGGACCGGCAGUACUAGAGAUUCUCGUUCGGGUAGCAUUAACAAGUCUGACUGCGUGGCGAGGAGAGCAAGUAUUGCAGGAAUACGUGUCCUCUCGUCUUCUUCCAGCGCUAGUGCGGAGGCGAAAUGUAUGCGUGCAACUACUGUCGAUGGGCUCUUGGCAGGAGCUAGCGACUGUUUUUGCCCGCCAGGACCAAAUGCUUUUGUCGCUUUCAGAUUCAGUUCAGCGAGCUCUAUCCGGAUGCUUAUGUCGAUCUGCGCAAGGCCUGGCAAAUGCUGAUGCCGCAAACCAUUAUGUCAAGGAUCUUCUUAUGCCUAUGGCUGCUAGCCUAGCUGAAUUCUCUGGAAGGAAAGACCUGGCGACAUUUUCUCAACAACCGAAUGUUAUUCACCAGGUGAGCUGUGUGCUUGAAAGGCUGCGUGGUGCAGCAAGAGAAACAAUACCGCGAACUCAAAAAGCCAUAUUUGAAGUUGGUGUGUCUAUCAUGAAGCCUUUGCUGGUGUUUAUGGAAAUCUACAAAAAUCAGCCAUCUGUUGUUUACUUGCUACUAAAGUAUGUUGUGGUCUGGGUCGACGCGGAAGUUGUUUUCCUAGAACCCAAGGACACCACUACGGUUUUCAACUUUUGCGUUCAGCUUCUCUCAGUUUAUUCUGCACAUAAUAUUGGCAAGGUUUCUGUUUCAACAUCUCGAAGCUUACAAAAUGAAGCGCAAACCGAGAAAUAUAAAGACCUCCGAGCAUUGCUUCAGCUGCUUACAAAUCUGAGCUCCAAAGAUUUGUUCGAUUUUGCACUGCAUGCAGACGAAAAUCCCGAUGUAGCACAGGUUGUGUAUCUUGGGUUAAAUAUCAUCACCCCUCUCAUUUCAGCUGAUUUGUUGAAGUACCCCAAGCUCUGCCGGCAGUAUUUUACAUUACUGAUGCACAUGCUGGAAGUCUAUCCUGAGAAGGUGGCGAAGAUAUCACCAGAAGGAUUUAGCCAGAUCAUAGGAACACUCGAGUUUGGAUUGCGGCAACAGGAUGUGGAGGUCGUAAAUAUGACAUUGAGUGCUCUCGGUGCGCUAGGUGUCUUCCAGUAUCAAGCACUGUGCAAAGGCGACGAUGGCCUCGGAGCUCAAUCGCGUACGAGCGGCGGCGACGAUGUGCUGUCUCAUUUUCUAAAGCUGCUCAUGCAUUUCUUGCUGUUCGAGGAUUACAGUAAUGAUCUUGUCGAGCCUGCCGCUGAUGCUUUACUUCCGCUAAUUCUUUGCAACACCGCGCUGUUUGAGAAACUCAAGCAAGAGCUCGUCCAAAGACACCAAGACGUGGAGUCGCAAGAACGGGUCUCUACCGCGUUCCAUUCGCUGUCAAGAGGGAUCGAGAUCGCGUCCACGAUAGACCGUUCCAUUCGUCGCAAGUUUAGGAGCAACUUAUUUGUGUUCUUGAAUGAUCUCAGGGGAUUCCUGCGUACUCGGUAGCUAUCUUAUUAAGCCUUGAGGAUUUUGAUAUCGAUCUUGUACAAAGUAUCAGAUUUAUUAUCAAUUUAGUUUAAAAGAUGUUAAGUAGUAUACUAAUAACUAUAUCAUUUAUGUUUAUGAUUUA